UGGAGCUCUAAUUUCUGUAAUGAAUAUCAUAGAUCAACUUCAAACUCAUCCAAACCCUCCAAUUUCCAUCCACCAAAAACAGCUUGAAUCUCUCAUUCAAGCCGUUACAUCCCUGCAACAUUUUCUUGAAAGCUAUUCUCCCCACGGUGGCUACACCGAGCAUGAAGACUAUUGGGAGAGUCGCAUUGCUGAAGCAGCUUAUGAUGCUGAAGAUGUGAUCGAGACGUACAUUGUUGAUCAAGUUCGUUAUCGGUCAGAAAUUGAUAUACAAUACUUUAGCUCACGUCAAUUCUAUCAAGCUCUGGAGAAGGUGAUAGAAAACAUGAAUUUGAUCAUGAUUGAGAUUGGUGAGAAAGUGGUAGUCCAAGAUCAGCUUCACAUCAUGAAAUCUGUUACUCCUGCAGACUCGUCUAGAUCUACUUCCACUGCUAAGAAUGUAACCAUGAUUGGUUUUGAUGAUGUCUUGGAUCAGAUGCUGGACAAGAUCACCGGAGGAGGAUCCACUCGCCAAAUUCUCCCGAUCGUUGGAAUGGGUGGGAUAGGCAAGACCACUCUUGCUCGGAACAUCUUUGUAAGUCCAGCUGUUCAGGAAUAUUUUGAUGUUUGUGCUUGGUCAACAAUUUCUCAAGGGUAUGAUGCCCAAGAAAUUCUUAGACAAAUUCUUGAUCAAGUAGACAAGGGGAAAGGGGGUGAUUUAAGUGUAGAUGAGUUAGGAGAUCAUUUGUACAAAUAUUUGUUUGGAAGGAAGUAUUUUAUUGUAAUGGAUGAUAUGUGGACCAUUGAGGCAUGGGGUGGAGUUCGGAGAUUCUUUCCGGAUAGUAAAAAUGGGAGUAGAAUAGUAGUGACUACGAGGCUAUCAAACUUGGCAUCUCAAUUUAACUACUCCAAUGGUCUAGAUUUGAAAUUUUUGGAUGAGGAUGCUUGUUGGGACCUAUUUUGCAAAACUGUGUUCGAGGAAGAAGCUUGCCCUCUAGAGUUGGAGGACGUUGGGAAAAAGAUUGUGAAAGGUUGUAAGGGACUUCCAUUGUCUGUUGCUGUGAUAGGGGGACUCUUAUCAAAGUCUGAACGAGCAAAAGAAAGUUGGGGAUUGUUUGAAAAAAAUAUAAGUUCAAUUGUGAAUUUGGAUGAUAACGAGAGUUGCUUACAAGUAUUAUACAUGAGUUAUAAUAGCUUGCCGGUUCAUUUAAAACCAUGUUUUCUGUAUUUGGGAAUAUAUGAAGAAGAUAUUGUGAUUCCAAUCACUAUUAUCAUCCAAUUAUUGGUUGCGGAGGGAUUAGUAAAACCAAUUAAUGGAAAAGGUUUGUAAGAGGCAGCAGAAGAGUAUGUGGAAGAACUUGUUGAUAGAAAUAUGGUUAUAGUUGAAAAACGCAUGCAUUGUGGGAAACUAAAGUCGUUGAAAAUGCAUGACCUGUUGAGGGAUGUAUGUGUGAGAGAAGGUCGAAAGUUGAAGUUUUUAAGUGUGUUGGAAAAGCAGAGGAUUGCAGAAUCCAUAAAUUCUCAACGCCGUAUCGUAAGCAGGUUGAAUGAAGAUGAAUAUCCAACGGCGCUCCUUCAACCCUUGGAAUCUGCAUGCCUUCGGACUUUUCUAAACAUAUAUCCAGGGAGUUUGCCAUGUACUUUUAGAUUGUCAAGGGUACUAAUGUUUGCCAAAUAUUUUGUGGAAGAAGAUAGGUAUGAGGAGAUUUUUCGUGGGCUGGUUAACUUGCGUCUUCUUGUUGUCGCUGUUAAUAAGCGUGUGUUUUCCAGAGUUCCUUCUUCUGUGUGUUUUCUCUGGAAUUUACAGACAAUAAUUUUAAAGACGCAAAUUUCCUUCGGCGAUCGUGAUUGUGUUUUUGAGAUCUGGAAGGUGCCUCGACUUAGGCAUGUCAUAACCAAUUAUGCAGGGAUACUUGAUGGUGCAUAUUGUUUCCCCAAUUCUCUCAGUGAUGAAGAUGAUAUGGUGGUGUUGGAAAACCUACAGACACUUUAUUAUGUGGAGAAGCUUAGGUUUGGUGAGGGGGUGGUUAAAAAAAUCUCCAAUAUCAAAAAAUUGAAGUUAUACUAUAACAUCACAGCGGAAGAAGACUAUUACGGUCUCAACAAUCUUUGUUGCCUCCACAAACUUGAAGAUUUUUGGAUUUCUUGGUCUCCGGAAAAAAUGCUUUGUUUGAAAGAAGUGAGCUUCCCAUAUUCCCUCAAGAAGUUGACAUUAGGAUAUACCAAACUUCCUUGGGAAGACAUGAAGACAAAAAUAGGUGUUUUGCCCCAUCUUCAAGUUCUCAAGCUGAAAAACGAUUCAUUUAUCGGGUCUGAGUGGGAAACAACCGAAGACCAAUUCUUGAAUCUAAAGUUCUUGCUGAUUGAGGAAUGUGAUGUAGAGUGGUGGUUCACAGAAAGCACCCACUUUCCACGCCUUGAGCACCUUCAUCUUAGCUGGAUUGAGCAUUUGAGGGAGAUUCCUUCAUGCAUCGGAGACAUACCAACACUUCACUCAAUUACGCUCGAAGAUUGUAGUCAUUCUGUGGUGGAUUCAACUGAAAUAAUAAAGGAGGAGCAACAGGAUCUCGGCAAUCAAGGCCUUCAAAUCAUUGUUCGAUGGAAGUAUAAGAAAGCUUCAAAAAUUCUAAUAGGAAGAAAAGACUUCUCCUCCUAAGGAGAAGGAUAAGGAGAAGGAGAAGAAGAAGAAGAUGCCUUCGCAGGAGAAGAAGACUCCUCAGAAGAAGAUGCUUCAGGAGAAUGAGAAGAAGAUUACUACCUGAAAUUGCUCCACAGAUCAUGCCUGCUUAUACAAGGAGAAGAUGCUUAAGUCUACAAUAUGGAGAAUAUGAUCCACGUUGUGUUUGUUUGCUAUGUUUUUGUAACUUACUGUGGUCUUUAAUUACCAUCCAAGACUCCAACUAUUUUAUUCAUUUCUAGAUUUGUAGUUAACGUGCAGCAGAAAAAGUUUAGAGUGUCAUUAGUAGGUUGGCUGAUUAUGACACUACUCAUUAAUUCUCUAGCAUGUGUUUUCAUUUCCUAGAAAAGAAGUCUCGUAUUCCAUCUUUAAUUAGUAGAGAUGGAGAGUCUUUUGUAAGUUGAACCAUUUUCAAAUCUAUCUAAGAAUCAAUUUUUCUCCC